GGACUCCUUUCUCGUCGCUAGCAGGAAGAGGAAAAUCUACUUCCGGGUCGCGAACGUAAAGCGCUACCCACGUGAAUUGUAGAAGUGUGCAAAACGGAUUCCGAUGAGGACGUAGUUUUUGUUUCUGAAAGGUCCUGUCACAAGCCCAUUGAAAUCACAAUUGAUCAGGCAAAGCGACUGGCCCUCCAAAGAGAAAUUGAUCAGCAGUCCCGACCCAAAGAGCCAGCCAAACCUUUGUCAAGCAAGAGACCUGUAGCUGAGGAGAGGCACGCAGAAAUCAUGAAAAUGAAGAUGGAGGAGGAGAAGAGUGAGGAAAAUAAUAUAAAGAAAGAGAAGAAACACAAGAAGGGAAAAGCUGAUGAUUUGAGCCUAGCAGAUGUGAGAAAAGAACAGAAGAAAGGCAAAAUGGCUGAUGCUGUGGUGAUCGAAGAGGGGUCUUGUGACGGAAAUGGUGAGAAGGAAGAAAAAAGAAGAAGAGGAAAACUGAUUCUCUGGAUGAUGUCAAUGAUUCUGAGGUCACUGAUGGAAAAGAUGUCACCAAAAAGAAGAAGAAGAAGAGGCUGCUGGUAGAUGGUGAGAGUCAAGGAGAAAUUACACAGAGUUUAGUAAAAGAGGAGGAAGUAGAUAAGAAAGAGAAGAAGACAAAAGGAAAAAAUAAGUCUACACAAAUUAAACAAGAAAACAUGGUGAAAGAAGAAGAGGAAGAGGAGCAAGUGGGAAAAGAUAAUCUGCCCAAAAAAGUCAAGAAAGGGAAAAAACAGGUUUUAGAUAUGAACACAGAGGAGACUGAGGAGAAAAUCAAAGAAAAGAAGAAGAAAAAUAAGGUGUUGGCUGAUGGUGAGGCUCAUGUAGAAACUGCAGAUGCUUUAGUAAAAGAGCAGGAAGUGGAAAAGAAACAGAAGAAGAAUGUAAAAAAUAAGUCUACACAAAUAAAACGAGAAAACAUGGUAAAAGAAGAGGAGGAAGAAAAGCAAGUGGAAAAAGACAAUGUGCCCAAGAAAGCAAACGAGAAACAUGCUUUAGAUAUGAGCACAGAGGUGACCGAAGGGCAAAGAAAAGAAAAGAAGAAAAAACAAAAAUGCCCUUUAACUGUGGAAGAAGCAACAAUAAAGAAAGCUAAAACAGCUGAAAAUGGCAUAAAGUUAGAAAAAAUCGAACACGAGGACGUAAAAAUAAAAAAGAAGAAAAAGAAAGAAACCGAGACUAAAGAAGAAAAUGGAGUAGAAACAGAGAUUAAAGGCAAAAACAAAAAGAGCAAAGAAGCAUCAGACAAAGUUAGAAAAAGUGAAAAGCAAGAAAAAUCAACAAACAGUGUUAUUGUUACUACUGAUGAUGAAGUAAUGACAGAAUUUAAGAAAAAGGUAAAAAAGGGUAAAUGUAAAAUAGCUACUGUGGAGGCUACCAAUGCAGAGAAGGAAGAGCCAAAGAAGAAGAAAAGAAAAAAGGUACAACGUGAGGAGGAAGAAGACAAACAUGAGGAGGUUCAGAAGGAUGAGCAGAGUGGCGAAGCUGGUGACACACCAAAGAAGAAAAGCAAACAGAAAAGGAGCUCUGCUAAGGUGGAGCGCGUGAGCGACUCCAGAGUUGAACCUGUUGCUAAAAAGAAGAAAAACAUCAAACAAGAACGGGAAGACCCAGAGUUUCAGGAGUCACCCCAAGUGGACGUGGUUUUCCUGUCAGAGAGGAGUGGAAACACUGAUGAGGUCACCAUCAAUCAGGAAAGAAGACAGGCUUUACAAAUGGAGAUCGACAAGGCCUCUCAACCUGACAAAAAAGUCAAACCUGCGGGUUUGGGCCAGUGGAGCACAGCGCAGUUCAACAGCUCUGAACAACAACAGAAGUUCCUCCGGUUGAUGGGUGGCUUUAAAAAGGGUUUCCAGCCAGCGGCGAGGACCACUGGUGGAGCAAAUAUGGCACUAGGGAAGGACGCACAGCAGCAGUUGCAGCAAGGCCUUCUGGGGGAGUUUGAACGAGCCCACUCGCGCAGAAUGGACUUUAAUAAUAGGGGGGCAGGACUUGGGUUUACUGCACCGUCCAAUAAGAAAUUUUCAAUUGAUAUCAAUACAUGUCGAUCAGUUCGCUUUGAUGAUUGACGAGUGAAGAUUUGGUUUUACAAAGUUUUGUACAUAGUGUUUUAAUCGGCACACCUUUUCGUUUAAUCAGCUUUACUGGAGAAUUGAUCCUACAGAAAGUAAAGUGUGUACUGGUGAAAAAAAGAGAAACACUGCUAGUUGUAUAUACUGUAUAUUAAACAUUUCUCCAACAGCUGGAAAACAAGCAGA